AUUGUAGUACUGCAUGUUUGCCUGUCUGUCUGUCAGUCUGCCAUCAAAUUCACCAAGACUUUAUUAUUAGUUGCAGAUCCUGAGAGACCCAGAAAAGGUCCAGAAAAGGUCCAGAAAAGACCCCACCUUCCUUAUUGUUCACUAGCUCAUUGAUUCCUUUCCACUCAUUUCUGUUGUUCCUUCUCUGCCCAAGGUUACAAAAGUGGUGGUUGUGUCAUACUGUCAUACUGUCAUAUUGUCAUAUUUUCUGCUGCACAUACGUACUCUACGGUACCGCAUACGGUUUUCUGUAUUUGUAGCUACCUACAUUUACUCUCACUUCCCUCCCCAUUUCCAUGUCAAUGCGUAUCUCCAAUACCCUUACAUCGUCUUUUUCUCGGCCUCCAGCCAGUAUUUUUCUCUCCUUAACUAGAGCACAAAGAAGAUUACCAGCUGUCAGCAGAACCUUUCAAAGUCUUUCAAUUAGUUCAUACCGAAGCUCAGCUUCAUUGUAUGUUAUACCCCGCCAUUUCUUUCAACCCGAGUCGCUCCUUCCAUUCAUUGUGCAUGUUCUGAAUACCAACCUACCCUCGUGAUACUUCCCAACCAGUAUUACUAUUUGAGGCAAGCUCGAUUCAGUCAAGCUCAAUUUAUUCACUGUUAUUCUAGCAUGAUUCAAAAGCUUACCAUUUAUUGAAUACAGACUCCAUCCUUCAACAAAACGUCCUGAAUUACUAAACAAUUUCCGAAAUACCCCUUCAACAACUUCGGCAAUCCGCCAUUGUUCAUACAGAAGACACAAUAUGUGUAGAGGCGUGCAUGCUAGAGAGGAGGUAGAGAGUGCGGGAAUGGAUAUUACCAAAGGAAGAGAAAUCUUGCCAGCAAAUGUUAUUCCAAGACAUUACGAUCUCACAUUAGAGCCAGACUUCAAGAAGUAUACAUAUGAUGGUACUGUCAUAAUUGACUUAGAUGUUGCUGAGGAUACCACUUCUAUUUCCUUGAAUACUCUAGAACUCGAGAUACACAGCACCAAGAUCACCUCUGGGUCUGAAACCAUAAGGUCAGUGACUGGCCGAAAAGUUUUUGGCAGGAUGUUCCCCAUUCAAAUCUAACAUGCAAUAGCUCUAUUCCAGAUGUCUCCUAUGAUGAGGCCAACCAAACCACCAAAGUUGCUUUUGAGAAAACUAUCCCAAAAGGGGCAAAAGCACAAAUCGAGAUUAAGUUCACUGGUCAGCUCAACGACAAGAUGGCAGGUUUCUACAGAUCAACUUACAAGAAUGCGGAUGGAUCCGAGGGUAUUUUGGCCACAACUCAAAUGGAACCGACUGAUGCCCGAAGAGCAUUUCCUUGUUUCGACGAACCUGCCUUGAAGGCAGAAUUCACAAUUACUUUGGUAGCGGACAAGAACCUCACCUGCUUGAGCAAUAUGGAUGUUCUUUCAGAGACCGAGGUCAACGGAAAUAAGAAGGCUGUCAAAUUUAACAAAUCGCCACAAAUGUCGACAUAUCUUUUAGCCUUCAUUGUCGGAGAACUCAACUAUGUUGAAACAAACAAGUUCAGAAUUCCUGUUAGGGUUUAUGCUCCUCCAAAUCAGGACAUUGAGCAUGGAAGAUUUUCAUUGGAUCUUGCAGCACGAACCCUAGAAUUUUAUGAGAAGACCUUUGACAGCCCGUUCCCCUUGCCAAAGAUGGUGAGCUUUUAUAAUUUUCCCUAUUGAAAUAUUCUAACUCGCUGUGUAGGACAUGGUUGCCAUUCCAGAUUUUUCUGCUGGUGCCAUGGAGAAUUGGGGCUUGAUUACUUACCGUGUCGUUGACCUUUUGUUCGACGAAAAGACCAGCGGUGCCUCCACAAAAGAACGAGUUGCCGAAGUUGUCCAGCAUGAGUUGGCUCAUCAAUGGUUUGGCAACUUAGUGACAAUGGAUUUCUGGGAUGGGUUGUGGCUUAAUGAGGGUUUUGCGACAUGGAUGUCUUGGUAUUCCUGCAAUAUCUUCUAUCCAGAAUGGAAGGUUUGGCAAAAUUACGUGACAGAUAACCUUCAAAGUGCCCUUGGUCUUGAUUCCAUCCGAAGCAGUCAUCCAAUUGAAGUACCAGUUCAGCGAGCCGAUCAAGUCAACCAGAUAUUUGACGCUAUUUCAUAUUCCAAGGGCUCUUGUGUCCUUCGUAUGAUUGCAAGCUAUUUGGGAGAGGAUGUGUUUAUGGAAGGUAUCCGUCAAUAUCUGAAAAAGCAUGCUUAUGGCAACACCCAAACCGGUGACCUUUGGGAUGCAUUGAGUAAGGCGAGCGGUAAGGAUGUCUCGGCAGUCAUGGACAUUUGGACAAAGCGUGUUGGAUAUCCUGUUGUCAGCGUGACUGAGAAUGAAGAUGGGAAGAGCAUUCACGUCAAGCAAAAUCGUUUCCUGCGAACAGCUGAUGUCAAGCCUGAAGAAGAUGAAGUUUUAUAUCCUGUUUUCUUAGGGCUCCGUACCAAGAGCGGUGUCGAUGAGGAGCUUGUUUUAACCAAAAGAGAAGACACGAUUAAGGUCCCUGCGGAUUUCUUCAAGUUGAACGCGGACCACACUAGCAUUUAUCGAACAUCCUACACUCCGGAACGACUUGAAAAGCUUGGAAAGGCUGCCAAGGAAGGGUUACUAACCGUAGAAGACCGCGCAGGAAUGAUCGCAGAUGCAGGUGCUCUCGCUUCCGCUGGGUAUCAGAAGACUUCUGGUGUUCUAAACCUAUUUAAGGGCUUCACCAGUGAGAAUGAGUUUGUUGUUUGGACCGAAAUCCUCGCCCGCUUGGGUAGUAUCCAGAGUGCUUGGGUUUUCGAGAACGAGAAAAUCAGAGAUGGACUUGAGUCAUUCCAGAAAGAACUCACCAGCGAAAAUGCUCACAAAUUUGGAUGGGAAUUUAAGGAGAGCGAUGAGCAUGUGCACCAACAAUUUAAAGCUAUGCUUUUCGGUAGUGCUGGAACAUCCGGCGAUAAAGUCAUCAUUAAAGCCGCACAAGAUAUGUUUGCCAAAUUCGCUGAAGGCGACAAAUCUGCUAUUCAUCCAAACAUUCGUGGUAGCGUUUAUGCCAUUGCCUUGAAAUAUGGUGGCAAGAAAGAAGUACGUUAACCUUGUUUAAAACAAUAUAGUGGCUAACAUUCGUACAGUACGACAUCAUCCUAGAUGCCUACCGCAACUCCACCAACAGUGACGAGCGUAACACCGCUCUCCGUUCUCUAGGACGAGCUAAGGAUCCGGAGUUGAUUAAGCGAACUCUCGCUUUACCAUUCAGCGGUGAAGUCAAGGAACAAGAUAUUUACCUCCCCAUCAGCGGACUUAGAGCCCACCCUGAAGGUACUGAAGCAUUGUAUCUUUGGAUGACUGAAAACUGGGAUGAACUCCAACGACGAUUGCCAGCCGGUUUAUCUAUGUUGGGAACGAUGGUAACUAUCUGCACGUCGGGCUUUACCGGUGAACAGAACUUGAAGAGAAUUGAGGAGUUCUUUUCAAAGAGAGAUACCAAGGGCUUUGACCAAGGUCUGGCACAAAGCCUUGAUAGCAUUAGAGCAAAGAGUGCUUGGGUUGAGAGAGAUAGAGAGGAUGUUAAGGCCUGGGUGGAGGCAAAUACUCAAGUCAAGAGUGAGCUCUAAAAGACUCUAAAAUGAAAAACGAAAAGCGUGAUAUAUAAACAUCAUAGAUAAGUCAUUCUUGCUAGAUUAUGAGAUGAUAAAUGCAAAUGAUGAUUCUACAAUAAACUCCUAUGUCAUCACUUUACUUCAAACACUG